AUGACGGUCAGCCUGGUCCUGCCCCGCGGCGGGGAGCUCGCCGCGCUCUACGCGGCCGCCGCCAUCGACCUCCCGCCCGAGCUCGCCACCACCGAAGGCCGACGCCAGGUCCUCCACGCUCUCGACACGCACCGGGACCACCUCCUGUGGCCCACCAACUUCGCGCGCGUCGUCCACGGCGCGGUGGUGCUGUGGGAGCAGAAGACGAAGGAGACGAAGGAGACGAAGGAAGGGGUGGAGCAGGAGCGCCAGGACGGGGUUGCGGUGGGUAACGCGGUGCUGCUGGGACACGCCCUGCUGGUGAGCGUCAAGCUGCUGUGCGCCCUGCAGGCCUGCACCGGGCCGGAAGGCGACCAGCGGCAGGUGGGCAUAUUGGCCCUUGACAUCGCCCACCGCCUCAACACCGCACUCGCUUCGCCGCCACCGCCACCAGCAGCAGCGACGGCGGAGGCCUCGCGCGCGUUGCUUCUGCAGCUCGUCAGCCACAGCGCGGCGCUGGUGCUGGCCGGCGGCCGUUCCCAUCCCGACAGCGAGAACCUUCUGCUGCAGCUCAAGGCCCUGAUGCCUGAUGCCGACCACCAACCAACGACCACCCACCAACCACCACCACCGAGCAUUCGAGGGUGA